AUGGACUACGCCCAGCACCAACGCAAUAUGCUCGCGCACCAUGUGCUCUCCCAGAUGGUGCCCAACACCCAGCAGCAGGCGGCGCCCUCUACGGAGCCAGAAAGGUACUAUCUAGGUGGAGCGUACUUGCGGCCAUCCUAUCCCGGCAUGGGCUUGGGACCGAUGUACAUUGGGAGGUAUCAUCCCAGUAUCGGAUAUGUGCCUAGCAAUGGCGGCAAGGAGCACGCAAAGCUAACGUUGGUUGACGCUAGAUGUCUAAUUGGUGUCCCGGAGGAGGUAUGUAUGGAAGCUUUGGAAUGGGAUAUCGGUGGGUAUCAUUCACAGGAGUUCUUCUUGCAUGCGCGCUAA